AUGGCCACUGGCGAGCAGUUGCCCAAACCACCGUUAACCUGGCUUUCCAAUGAACCCGUGUGGGUUGACCAGUGGCCCAUGAAAGAAGAGCGACUGCAAGUAAUGAGACAAUUAGUAGCAGAACAGCUCACUGCAGGCCACAUCAGGCCUUCAGUUAGCCCAUGGAACACCCCCAUUUUCGUCAUUCCGAAAAAGAGUGGUAAAUGGCGUCUCUUACAUGAUUUGCGUAAAAUAAAUGAGCAAAUGCAACCCAUGGGAGCUUUACAACCUGGAAUGCCAUCACCUGCCAUGCUGCCAGCAGGUUGGCAAGUAAUCACUGUUGACUUAAAGGAAUGUUUCUUUACUAUUCCUUUGCAUCCGCAAGACACUCAGCGAUUUGCCUUUUCGAUACCGGUUACCAACAAAGCAGCAUCUUCAGAACGAUAUGAGUGGGUUGUUCUGCCAUAGGGCAUGAGAAACUCACCCAUGCUAUGUCAACUUUAUGUGGCUUGGGCAUUAUCCCCCCUCAGAAAACAAUGGCUGAACACGAUCAUUUAUCAUUAUAUGGAUGACAUCCUUUGCUGCCAACAAGAAGCGUUCGACGACAAUUCCUUGACGCAGCUGACUACUGUUUUAGCCAGCAAAGGCCUUGUUGUCGCCCUGGAAAAAGUCCAGCGAUCUGCACCAUGGAAUUAUCUUGGAUGGCGCAUUUCUGAUGCCAAGAUCAAACCACAAAAAGUGGAGCUAGCAACGAACUUGCAUACGCUAACUGAUGUACAGACUUUACUCGGAGAUAUCCAGUGGGUGCACAACUGUGCUGGCAUUUCCAAUGCUGAGAUUGCACCGUUAACCUUACUGCUACGCAGUUCACACCCCAGCACUGAGAUCACCCUAUCAGAGACACAACAAACAGCUUUGCAACACAUCGUACAGAAGCUUCAAGCAGCCUGGACUGCUAGAUGA